UGCUAAGCUCAUUUAAGCUCUUCAUAGACAAUAACAUCAAAACAAUGUAUGCUUGUGCAAAUAUGGUGAUACAGUUAUCAUGUUUUGUAAGACAUCAAACAUGUUUGGUAUCAAAAAGUGAUAAUAAAACUGUUAUAUCGCCACCGUGUCGAAGAAUUUGCGAAAGAAAAGAUUGCUAUAAUUUGAUCAAGGACGGUAUAGGGCUUUACGAACGUCUCUAUAGACUAUGCCCAGACAAACUUCCUCAUCCAGGAUUAAUUGCCAAUGCAAGUGACUGUAGCAACUUUCCGAAGAAAGAAAUCAACAACGUUGAGCGUUGUCAACUACUUCCUUUCACAUAUGCAGAAAUGAAUUAUACCGAACACUGUUAUGAAGGAAAUGGAGAGUCGUACAACGGUACUGUCAACAUUACUAUGGCUGGGAAGACAUGUCUACCUUGGAGUAUUAAUCCAUUUUUAUCUGCACCACUUUAUAGCAACUUACAGAACAACUUUUGCAGAAAUCCUCAAGGAUAUGCAAAAGCACCCUGGUGUUAUGUAAAUGAAUUUUCGCGCCUGUGGGAAUACUGUAACGUUCCUACAUGUUUUUCGGUUGCUGCUGACCACAACAAAAUGUCACUAAAAAUUACUCUUGUCAUUGUAGCAGGUGUUUUAGUACUACUUUUGCGUCGGUACUUGUCUUGAGGCGGAAAAUGUGGUCGCAAAGAAUAAAAAGGCCUGAAGUAAUUAAACCAUAUUGUAGUUAUGAUGCAUCGACGAACGAAAUAAUAUCAGGAAUCACGGCAAAGACAUUUAGAUGCGACAAAAACGUAAAUGAAAAUGGAUAUUGAGCGGACAGAAUUACUAUACAGUUAUGUUGCCGUUUUACAUCUGCACGUUUUAAUUGGUACAUUUAUAUAAAACUGGUCGUUAGCCGGUAGAAAAAUCCACGGGUUCGCCCGUCCUUUUUAUACCGCAUUGCGUGCAUCUCGCUACGUGCGCAGCUAAGCUAACAUUUUGCGUGACAGACAGACAGACAGACGUAUGCGGGUAUUUUAAAAUAGAUGUAAAAUUAAUUUUCGAUUUUUUGCAAAGAACAUUCUGCAUGAGAAUAAUUAUGUGAAACACUUUCCGCGCAACAUAUUGUGUUGAUUAUGCAUUAAGAGUAAUGGAAAUGCAAACUAAUUCCUGCAGGUAAAAAAUGCACACAACCGACCACAGAAUUAAAAUAAAUCCAUUUAAAAACAAAAUUCCCUUAAAAAUAAUGAAAUAUUUUUUAGUGGUCUGGUGCUUCCAAAAACCUAAUUAAUUUCAAUAACAAUUAUUUGACUCGAUAUUUUCCAGUAUUCAUACCCACAGGAAUGUGUGUGCAAAUCCUAAAACUUUUGUAACCUUUGGCGAGUACUCUUUCUUGAGCAUGAAUUAUAGGAGAUGUAACGAGCCACAAAAUCUUCCAAAGACUCACUGAACUGUUUAGGAUAAUGUAACGACUUUUUUAUUCCCACAGAGUAUUUUUGCUGGAAGAAAAUUCCAUAGUUUCGCGGGUUUUUUUUGAAAAUUUCACAAUAUUUUAAUUUGAAAUGCUAAAGGAGAACAAUUUGAAUUGAAUAAUAUUAAAAUCAACAAAAAUCAAUUCUUUCGACAUGAUUUUCGACGCAAAUUAACAAUACUGACGAAUACAAAUACCUGGAAAAUAUUGUUGAUCCAGCGUUAACACUGUUAACUGACUUUGAAGCAAAAUGCAAACAAGCUUCGAAUCAAAUCAAGCUGAUGGCUAAAGUUAGACCAUACCUUACAAAAGCUGAUGUUGUCAACAUCUACAACAUGCUCAUUAUGCCUGUCAUAGCAUAUUAUAGUCAAAUUCACACAAGCAAAACGAAAACUAAAAAUUGAUAAACUCAAAUCACUCCACAACUGAGCCUUUUAUGAUCAUUAGUAGAGUUAACCUCCCGCUAAAAAGUCACGAAUGUUGUAUGAAAAUGAACAACUGCUCUUUUGUGAAGAAAUGUAUCGACAGAAAGCUGUGUGAAAAAUUUCGAUGGAUAUUUUAAAUUGAUGAGUCAUAGAAAAAACAAUAGAGGCAAAAAUUCGUUAAUUAGACUGCCUGGUGUAAAGUUUGAAUAUAAGAAUGAAUAUGAUUCAUUUCUGCGGUGCAAAAACAUUCAAUGAACUGCCAAAUGAUUUAAGAAAGAUUGAGGACUUUUCAAAAUGUAAGAAUGCGCUGAAAGUCCAUCUGUUUUUAGUUCCACUUUUUCUUUUUCUUUCUUUUUCGCAUCUGUAUAAAUAAAAUAAAAAUUAGAGUAUUUUAUUUUCCGUUAGAUACUUUUUAUUUCUUUAAUUUAAUAUAAUUUUUGUUAUUGUAAAUAAAACAGGGCACACAUUUAUAGCAGUACUUAGCCUACUGAAAUGUAACUUUUUUUAAUCCAGUGUAAAAAUUCAAUAAUAAAUAAAUACUUUUUUUAACAUUUCAUGUUCAACUUUUGUAGGGGGUUCUCACUUAUGCAAAUAUAUAUAUUAAAAGUAAUAAAUUUUAUCCAUUUUAUAACACCCAUAUACGUCUGUCCGUCUGUCACGAUAAAUGAUAUCUCAAGGAGUGAAACGCACCCAGUGCGGUAUAAAAAAAGACGGGGAAACCCACUGACUAUUUGAAUAACAUUUUACACCGUGCAAGUUGUAUUUUUCAUAUUUUGUAUAAACUCCAAUGGUUGAGUACUGUAUGCAAUAUACUAAAAUCACUGAUUUGGGGGCAAAGACAAUAUACCACCUGUCGAAUAAACUAAUUUUUGUUGAUUUAAAUUUGCUACACAGAAACCAUUCUGUUUUACAUUUUGUGUAAACUUUCGUGAAGAAG